GUAUUGCACUCUCAAUCUCGUCAUGUUGAAGUUCGAAUGGCCUGUAUUCACUAUCUUCGAGAGAACAGAGAGAAAUUCGAAGCGUUUAUAGAAGGAUCAUUUGAAGAGUAUUUAAAACGCUUGGAAAAUCCACAGGAAUGGGUAGGACAAGUGGAAAUAAGUGCCCUUUCGCUUAUGUACAGGAAAGAUUUUGUAAUUUAUCGGGAACCAAAUGUUUCUCCCUCACAAGUAACUGAAAAUAAUUUUCCUGAAAAGGUAUUACUGUGUUUUUCAAAUGGAAAUCAUUAUGAUAUAGUCUAUCCCAUAAAGUAUAAAGAGAGCUCUGCUAUGUGUCAGUCUCUUCUUUAUGAAUUGUUAUAUGAGAAGGUAUUUAAAACUGACGUUAGUAAAAUUGUGAUGGAACUAGGCACCUCUGAAGUAGCUGAUGAAAACAGCAGUGAAAUAUCAGAUUCAGAAGAUGACAGUUGCAAGAGUAAAUCUACUUCAAACGAUGUGAAUGGAUUUAAACCUUUGACAGGCGAUGAGUACCUGAAAAACAAUGGAAACGCAGCUAACCUGCCUUUAUCUAGAAAGGUUCUUAAGUCACUCAAUCCAGCAGUCUAUAGAAAUGUGGAAUAUGAAAUUUGGCUGAAGUCUAAACAAGCUCAACAAAAACGUGAUUAUUCCAUUGCUGCUGGCUUACAAUAUGAAGUUGGAGAUAAAUGCCAGGUUAGGUUGGAUCACAAUGGAAAAUUUUCUAAUGCUGACAUUCAAGGGAUUCACUCUGAGAAUGGACCUGUUGUGGUUGAAGAGCUAGGAAAAAAACACACACCGAAGAACCUCAAACCACCUCCACCAGAAAGCUGGAACACAGUAUCAGGGAAGAAGAUGAAAAAAACUUCUGGUUCUGGACAGAAUUUUCAUUCUGACCUGGAAUACAGAGGGCCAAAGAAUCCAAGCAAGCCAAUCAAAGCUCCAUCAGCACUACCUCCUCGACUGCAGAAUCCUUCAGGAGUAAGACAGCAUGCAUUCUCUAGUCAUGCUUCUGGAUCACAGUCUCAGAAAUCUUCUAGUGAGCACAAAAACCUUAGCAAGACACCGUCACAGAUUAUAAGAAAACCUGAUCGUGAACGAGCUGAGGACUUUGAUCAUACAACUCGAGAAUCUAACUAUUUUGGCCUCUCACCAGAAGAGCGCAGAGAGAAGCAAGCUAUAGAAGAGUCUCGUUUACUCUAUGAGAUUCAGAACAGAGAUGAACAGGCUUUCCCAGCCCUUUCUAGCUCAUCAGUCAGUCAGUCCCCUUCUCAGAGCAACAACCCAUAUGUCCAGAGAAAACCAUCACAUGUUAGUGAUAGAAAAGGAAGCAGGCGGAGAAUGGAUACAGAAGAACGAAAAGACAAAGACUCUAUCCAUGGACAUGUUCAUGUGGAUAAAAAACCUGAGCCAAGCACAUUGGAGAAUAUUAGUAAUGAAAAAUGUGCAAGAGUUUCAUCACCAUCAAAGUCAAAGAAAUUAGAGUGCCCAUCUCCUGUAGAACAAAAGCCAGCAGAACAUGUGUCUUUGUCAAAUCCAGCUCCCCUUCUAGUCUCUCCAGAGGUACAUCUAACUCCUGCGGUGCCUUCUUUACCAGCCACUGUGCCAGCCUGGCCAAGUGAACCGACAGCUUUUGGACCAACAGGUGUUCCUGCUCAAAUUCCUGUUUUAUCAGUGACACAGACUCUGACCACUGUACCUGAUUCUGCUGUGUCUCAAGCUCACUUAACACCUUCUCCAGUUCCUGUGUCAAUACAGGCAGUUAACCAGCCCUUGAUGCCUUUGCCUCAGACUUUGAGCCUUUACCAGGACCCACUGUAUCCUGGGUUUCCAUAUAACGAAAAGGGAGAUCGAGCCAUUGCACCACCUUAUUCACUGUGUCAGACUGGAGAGGACCUGCCUAAAGAUAAGAACAUUCUUCGAUUCUUCUUCAAUCUUGGUGUAAAGGCAUAUAGUUGUCCUAUGUGGGCCCCACAUUCUUACCUGUACCCUCUGCACCAGGCCUACCUGGCAGCCUGCAGGAUGUACCCAAAGGUCCCUGUCCCUGUGUAUCCUCAUAAUCCUUGGUUCCAAGAAGCUCCUUCAGUUCAGAAUGAAAGUGAUUGUACAUGUACCGAUGCACACUUUCCUAUGCAGCCUGAGGUCAGUGUUAAUGGUCAAAUGCCACAAGCAGAGAUUGGAACACCAACGUUUUCUUCACCUCUGGUUAUCCCUCCAUCUCAGGUGUCUGAAAGUCAUGGACAAUUGUCUUACCAGACUGAUCUUGAAUCUGAGACUCCUGGGCAACUUCUUCAUGCUGAAUAUGAGGAGUCACUAAGUAGCAAGAAUAUGUUUCCACAACCAUCCUUUGGACCUAGUCCAUUCUUAGGCCCAGUUCCCAUUGCACCUCCUUUCUUCCCUCAUGUUUGGUAUGGGUACCCUGUUCAGGGAUUCAUAGAAAAUCCGGUAAUGAGGCAGAAUAUUGUCCUGCCCUCAGAUGAGAAAGAAGAGUUGGAUCUGCCCCUGGAAAAUCUGGAUCUGUCUAAAGAAUGUGGUUCGGUUUCAGCAGUAGAUGUGUUUCAAGAAGCUGGAAGUGAAUGUGCACAUUCUCUCCCUGAAGCAAGUGUGAGCAGUAAGCAUGAAGGCCGGGCGGAGCAGUCUUCUCAGACACGCAAGGCGGAUCUAGCGUUGACGUCCUCCAUUCCCUCUGUAGGAGAGGGAAAGGCUCAUCCUCCCACUCAGAUUCUAAACAGAGAGAGAGAAACUGUGUCUGUUGAACUCGAGCCUAAAAGGACCACUCCAAGUCUGAAAGAAAAACCAGAAAAAGUAAAAGAUCUUAAGACUACUGCUGAUGCAGUCAGCCCUGGGGCCAACUCUGUGGAUUGCAGGGUGCAAAAACCAAAAGAAGAGAGUUCAGAAGAUGAAAAUGAAGUGUCUAACAUUCUGAGAAGUGGUAGAUCCAAGCAGUUCUAUAAUCAGACUUAUGGAGGCAGGAAGUACAAAAGUGAUUGGGGCUAUUCUGGUAGGGGUGGAUAUCAACACGUGAGAGGUGAGGAAUCCUGGAAAGGGCAGCCAAGCAGAAGCCGGGAUGAAGGUUAUCAGUACCAUCGAAACACCAGAGGGCGACCAUAUAGAGGAGACAGGAGGAGAUCAGGGAUGGGAGAUGGCCAUAGGGGCCAACACACCUGAUGGUUGUAACUGGAGUAUUUUAGAGCAGAAACCCUUAGAUGGAGUGUCUCUGAAGGCUUUAAAAAUUACAUUAAAAUAAAAACCCAAAUUGGAACUAUCUCCUCCCCUUCCCGUUUACCCUCACUCCAAUUCUGGACAUGAGAUUUUGGACAUGUGUUCAAGGGGGCAGGUGAAUUCCUGGCAUUGCCAUUUUUCUUCAUUCAGAAUCUGUUUAUCAGGUGACUGCCCCAUAAAAAGUAGAAAAUAAGUUUGUUAAAGUAUUUUUUAUAAACAGCUUAAUAUAAAACAUAGAUUUAGUGAUUGUUUUUUUUUUUCUUUGUAUAAGUUUGAUUUCAAAUGUUGGAAAUGUGGGCUUUAUAGUGUUUAAUAAAGUGACAAGAAAAUGAACCAUUUGACACACUAGAUUCCAAAAUAUAACAUUGCACCAAAUAGAAAUGUAUAUUUUAUUAUGCAAUGCCUUAGUCAUAAACUGGGCUCAAACAAUUCUCAGCCUAAAACACUGUUGUCUUUUAAAAUGCUUCCAACCCAAAGGCCUUUCAUCUCAAUAUCUGUCAAACUUGAAUAAUGUCUUCUCUAUAAUACUACACAUAAGGCAGCCUAUUAACCUGUGUCUUAGAAAUGUUGUAUAUAGUUUUUAAUAUUCAUAGGGUAUAUUUUUGAAUUUUGGUGAGUAUUUGUUGAAUUUGAGAUCGCAUACAAGAAUAAAUGUUUAAGAAAUAGUAGGAAAUCCAGUGAAAUGGCUGUUUCCACCAAGAGUUCUUAGCACUGGUGUAAAUAUCAUGGUGCCUACUCGAAAGAAAUGUAGAUGCUAUGCAUUUUGAAAAUAAUCUGCAUCUGUUAAAACUGCAGACAUUUUUUAAUGCCACUUUAACACUAAUGCACUGACAGAUUCUAAAUAUUUUGUGAGGAGAAAUGUUAAGAUUUUUAGCUUGACAGGUUUCUAUAGAAGUUACUAUGGUUGUUUGUUUGUUUGUUUGUUUUUUUCCUUGCACCAUUGGUUUUGUGUAUCACUUUACAUUUGCAUGUUCAACCUGUCAUGGCUGGAACAAUUGUACAAAAAUAAGAGGAUUGUGACUUCUAGUUCUUUUCUAGAGGAUGCUGCUAGAAAAUGGUUUCUUUGCAUUUUAUAGCUCAUUACCCUUCGGUAACUUGUCUUUGAUCCCACUUCUCCCAGUCUUUGCAGUAUUCACUAGAGAUUUCCUUUGCAUGUUGCACUCUGUUCUCAUUUGGAGAUUGGACUCUGAAUUAACACAGUAUUCAUUCAUCUGUGUUUGUAAAAAUAAUUGUACCUUUUAUUAUUUGUAAAUAUCUAAUGUGAAAAUCUACCCUUUUUUUUUAAUGUCAACAUUACCUUUUGAUCAGGAAGUUUGAGUGCUAUGCAAAUAAUAUAGUAGUUAAUUUCUCUUGCAUGCCAUGUGUAAUAUACCUAGCCAAAAAUAGAUGUGGUGGUUUUCUCUCUCUCUCUCUCUCUCUUUCUCUUUCUGAGCAAAUUACUUUAAAAGAAAUGCAAUUCACUUGAAUUUGACAAACUGAAGCAGAUGAGUUUUCUGGGUUCUCUGAUAAUCUGUAGGAAUGUUUGGAUGCCAGCUAGGCUCAGUGAAUCUCCACUGUACUGUAAUAAUGGUUAUUUACCUCUGUGCUGUUUUAAUUACCUGAAGUCUGUGUAACUGCUGAUUUGAGUAGUGAUUAGCAUUUAGAUUAUUUUGUGACAUAGGAUUUUAGAGAGCACUUUGAAAGAUAACAUUUUUAUUAUGAUGGUGCUAGGUAAAAAUUUGUAAAGACUGGGAUGGUUAUGUGGAAAAGAAAACUCUUGAGAAUUUGUUGAAUUUUUGUCACCUUCUAAGCUGGAACAGUUGAUGGAAGGUACUGCUUAAGCCAUUUUUUCUAAACAUCAGUGGCUGAAUUAUGGAAUGAAAUUAGCAUGUCCUCCACUUUCAGCCCAUGCUUUUAAUGUAAGGAUUAGCUUACCUGAUAAUUUUUAUGAAAAUCACAUUUUGAUAUGAAUACCAGAUUUAAAAGUUCAAUAUAGUUUGAUCUCAGGAGUCCAAAAGAACUUGCUGUUUCUAGUGUCCUUUGUUUUAUUGACUGGGAUUUGAUCCCAGUUUCUACAAAUGUUUAAAAAUUGGAUAGGAAAGAAUAUUUUUCAUUUCUUCACUGUCACUUUCUUAUCUUACCUCAACUGAGUAACAGAAUACUCUGUAUAGCUCCUUAAGGAGACACUGAUUUGCUUCCUGUUUCCCAUCUCUUGUUUUCAGGAUAUGAUGGAAACAGUCAGAGAAAAUAUUAGCAGAUGGUACUUUUCUCAGUGAUCUCUGGAAUGAAAGAACUCUGACUUUUGACAGUUGUAAAAUUAUCAAUCUUUGCAUGAAGGUCAGUUUUUUUUUUUUUUUUCCCUUUAGUUUUGUCUUUAAAUGUAUUAGUCCAGGGAAUUUUGCCUUAUGCUGAGGUCAAACUAGGGCCAAGCAAGUUUUUGUCCUCCUUCAUUUUAAUUGUAUGUCAUAUUGUAUGUUGACAUGAGAUACUUCUAUAGAAGGGAAAAGCAGCAGAAGUAUAUGACUGAGAAUGAAUCAUUUGUAUUUUGAGUUGGAAAUUAUGAAACUUCACUGUAUUAUGAUCAUAUACAUUUUGAAGAACAAAUGUUUAGACUGACCAAAGCUCACUUGUUCUUUUUGUUUUAGUUAGGUGCUUUUGCUGAACUUGAUUCCAGCCCCCUUUCCUUUUAGUAUUAUGUAUACGUCUCUUCUUCAAGUUUCUCUGAGAUAAAUUUUCAACUCUUGCCCUUGUGUUCCUUGACAGCAGGAUACUAGCAUCUAUGUAGUCCUCAUUCCUGUUAACCCACAUGUUCAUUUUCAUGGCAGACCUAAGCUGAAAUCCUGCCCUGACCUGGCUGGAGUAGGUUUUCCCAAACUGUAAUGUUGAUACAGCUUCUUUGAUGCAAACUCUAUUCUAGCCUUGUGAUGUUCCCUUUGUGACUCAAGGUUGAAUUAAAAUGCCUGUGAACUGCAAGCUUGCUUAUGAUUGACUUGGUGCAAUAAAGUUCCUUUCUAACCAUUUCUGGUUUAGAAAACAUUCAGCCAUCCUAGAAACUAGCAAUAUUUAUUUUUGCCUCAUUUGUUCUACCUUUGGUUUUAGAUGAGGUAAACACUCUUUUGUCUUUUACUUAUGGGUACUAAGCAAGGUCCACUCUGGUGUAGCUGAAGAGAAUGCGUAUUUGGCUACACUAUUUCUGUUUACUGUAUUUUGCUCCGUUUUAUGUCUAAAUGCUAUUGUUUUUGUUAAAAAUCUUAAUAGUAGCUCACUUCCAAUAUGUCAAUUUCAAAGAACUAAGGUUUUGCUACUAGUAUCAGCCAUUUAUUCUCCCACUAAUUGGGAUUUGGGGAUUUUUUUUUUAAAGAGAGAUUCUCCCCCCCCAUGCAAGUUUUAGAAAAUCCUAGAAGAGGGGUGGGUGCAUGUCUUAAUGCUGAGAAGCAGCAACUUUGGGGUUGAAUUUACUUGAAUGGAUUAAAAAUAGCAUUGUUACAGAGCUAGAAAAAAAUUUAUGUAUGGAAAAUGAUAAUAGCCUUACACUGAGUACAAAUAAUACUUAAAAGCAUGUGAAGAUGUGAUCAUUUGUGAUGUUACUUGUAAAAAAAAGUAUAUAUACAUAUCUUUUGAAGUGUUGAAAGGAAAAUAGUACUUUAUAUUCUUUAUCAUAUCACUUUUUGUAAGUGUUGAAUAUAUUCCUGUUUAUUUUUCUAUGUUCUGUUUUGUAGCCUUAAGAAGUGUUUCAAACAUAUCUGAAUGUAUAAAAUAAGAGUAAAUGCCCUACAUGGUGUGAUGCUGCAUUAUAUAUAAAACUGUGUGCAUAUAUUAAAUUUUGUCUCUUGA